AUGGCAGAGCCUGACACCAGGCCAACUGAGAUCAAGCCUGAUGUCAGCACCGUGCCCAUGGAAUGCAAGGAAACCUCUGACAAUGCUGUGACCCAAGACAUGGAAAACCCCGACAGUGCACUGGCCAUCGAAGCCGACAUCGAACCAGUUCAUUGCACUGCAGAGCCUGACACCACUGUGGCUGAUGACACAAGCGGCUCUGACACCACAGUGACUGAUGUCAUGGCCAAGCCUGACAUCACACUGAUGCCGCUUGAUGGCACAACAGACUCUGACGUGGCACCGAUGGACGGUUCAGCAGAGCCUGACACCGCUGUGGCUGAUGACACAACCGGCACUGACACCGAGAUCGUGGCCAAGGCUGACAUCACACCAGUGCUGAUUGAUGGCACUUCAAGCUCAGCCACAGAACUGAUGGAUGGGACAGAAACCCCUGAGACUGCCUUGACCACUGACACAAUCAACAAUGAAAUGGAACCAACUGAUGUCAAGGCGAAUGAUGUCACAACUGAGAGCAUCGAAAAGGCUGACACCAUGCCCUCUCAGAGUGUCCCUGAUGCUCCCCAUCUGGAAAUUUUUGAGGAGAAAGGUGUCUCCAGAAUGAAGGAAGUGCUGGCCAUUGUGAGGUCCAUCCACCAGCGCCUCACAUCCCACGUGUCUCCAGAUGUCAGGAUGCACACUGACAUCCGCAGGCUGGCUGAGGCACACCCUCGUGAGAUGGUGACAACUCUUCUGUGCUGUGCCCCAGCAUGUGACAGAGCUGCUGCAGUGAUGUGGAGCAGCAUCGCCUCCUCAGGAACAGCAACGGAGAAGAUGCUGCCCACACUGCUUGGAGCAAUGGACGACUGGCCAGUGCACGGCAUGUUCUCCUCUGAUAGCAACAACACACACGUCUCUUCCCUAGCUGCAACCCUGGCACUGCGGCUCAUCAUCCAGAAGCCCGAGUGCCAAGAUGCAGUUUUCAAUUGCGCCCCACACCUCCUCGUGGCUUUGCUCUUCCAAAUUUCCAUGAGCACACAGCAGAUGUCAGAGGAGGUCAAUGCUUUCUGGAGGGGAUGCCAGGAGGAACAUGGCCUUCCCACCAACCCCAACAGGUUUGCAGUACAGACCCUGAAGGCUCUGCUCUGCUGCCUGCACUGGGAGAAUGAGGUGGUGGCCAUUGAACGGAAGCGUGGCUGGGAGGCACUUCUUUGUUCUGACACCCAUUACUAUGCAGUGGGGCUGCUGGCCAGGGAGAUGCGCCACGUCUUGGUGCCCUUCCAUUCUGAGAUAGCAAUCCACCUGCUCGGGCUGCUCAGCAGGGAGGAGCCCCUCUGGGAGCUCCCUGCCCUGGCAUUCCUUGUAGAGAUCCUGGACUAUGUGGAUGGGAGAAAGUGUCAUGAGAGGGUCCUCCCCAUCCUAUCAAGGAACCUGCAGAGCCAGUGCCCUGAGCGGCGGCGCCUGGCCCUGAGAGGGCUCCUUGUUCUCAGUGUGGAUCCCUCGAUGGUG